GGCCUUGCCAGUCAUGGCAGGCUUCAAGUUCGUUGCCCAUAUAAUCCGAAUAUCAUCCCAGCAGACCCAUCCCCCCUAAGACGCAGCCCCUGUUGAACCAAGCAAUCAUGUCCACACAGAAGUCAGCCAUCGUCACCGGCGGCGCCAGCGGCAUCGGGCUGGCCAUCACGCGGCACCUCGCGGCGCAGGGCCACCGCGUCGCGAUCCUGGACCUGAACGCCGCGGCGGGGCCGGGCGUCGCCGCCUCGGUGGCCGCCGAGUUCCCGCAGUCGACCGUGUCGUUCCACCAGUGCAACGUCGCGUCCUGGGACGAGCAGGCGGCCGCGUUCGCCAAGGUCUUCCAGGAGCACGGCGGCCGGCUCGACAUCGUCGUGGCCAACGCGGGCGUGUCGGAGCAGGGCGCCACGUCGCUUGUGCGGCUUGGUGAGGAGGAUGCGGCCGCGAAGGGGCCGACGAGACCGAAGACGACUACCGUGGAGGUCAAUUUGUUGGGCACGAUCUACUCGGUGAAUCUGGCGGUGCACUACAUGAACAGGAAGCCAAAGACCGAGGGCGCUUCCAGAGGAUCGAUCAUCUGCACCGCGUCCAACGCAGGCCUGUAUCCGCUGCCCAUCGCCCCUCUGUAUGCGGCAUCCAAGUUUGGAGUGGUCGGGCUGGUGCGGUCGACGGCGCGGGUGAUCGAGAAGGCCAACCUUCAGAUCAACGCGCUGGCGCCUGCGGUGUUGGAAACAAAUAUUGCUCCCGACAAGGACCUGUUCAGGCAUAUGAUCGUCACUCCCAUGGAGACGUUGAUCCGCGGGGUGGACCAGUUCCUCGCGGACGCCAGCGUGUCCGGGGCCGUGGCGGAGAUCCAUGGGGACAAGGUGACCAUCAGACCGCCGCACGAGUAUGUGGAUGAGGAGAGCAGGCAGAACAUUGAAACGUUCUGGAAUCUAGGGUACGCAUGAUUCCUCGUCGAUGCCCAUGUGGCCUGCCAGGGAGGUCACUGGGCAACGACGAGAGCAAGAUGGAGCAAAAUGUUGGCCGGGAUGGUUAGGUAGUUACUUCAAGUUGUGAAUCAGAACAGAAGUAACUAACCUACCUGACAACCUGAGGAUUUCUCCUGUCUAGGACGGUUCUUUGUUCGACCUGUUCUGCAGUCCCCUCCGUUUC